AUGUUAGUUGCUAUGCAUAUUGUGUUCAUUUUAUCUAAUGCACUUCGCGGAUCGGUUUAUAAAUUAUAAAAUUAAUUAAAAAUUAGCAAACUGAAAUUAUUAUCUUAAAAAUCGGCUUUUAACAUUAAAAUUGAAAUCCGUGAAAAUAUUAUCUGGCAAUACUGAACUACAAUACUAUUUUUGCGACCAUGUACAGCAUAAAAACCGUUUAAAAGUCAAAUUUCACAAUAAGAAGAAGCAUGAAAAUUGUGUGAAAUACAUUCCGAUAGUUGCACAUGUAUAUUAGUUUUUCAAUUUGUUUAAGAAAAUUUGUUAUUUCAAAGCUUCGCACAUAUUACUUAUUUCUUAAUAAUUUCAAGAAAACGCAAUGGAUUCUGAGGACACAUCCACUGGUGGACGUGUGACAAGGUCUUUAAGAAAGCGUUUAACGUCGGUUGAUAGCGAUGCAAGCAGUAGACCGUCUACUCCCCAACUUACUAAGCUUGCUGCCAUACCAGAGACAAGUUCACCAUCUCGUGCUUUACGUGGACGACGCAACUCGACUACCUCAAGUGCUACACCUUUAAAAACGCCAGCAAAGUCUAAAACUGCGACAAUCAUUGAGUCGAAUGAAACUGAAAAUGUUCCGGCUAAGCGAACAACUCGCAGAAGCAGUGUUUCUGCUGUUUCAGCAGCAGAUCUACUUACGACACUCAAAGAUGAAGAGGAAAUAAACACCAAAGGGACGCCUGCAAGACGUACAAGGCGGCUACAAUCACAGACGGAAGUGGAGAAAACUCCACGUUCUGCAGCUGUAAAGAAAAAGCCCGCACCGAAAUCCCGACGUUCUAAUCACGAAAGUGAAAGUGAUUCCGAUAUUGAAGUAAUCAAUUUGGAAGAUGAACAAAUUGAUCGUAAAGAAAAAGAAAAUAGUACCACUCCAACAGCAAAAGAGCAGUCAACAAAAACUCCAAUAAGAAUGUCACCAAGAUUAAAGGCAAAGAGUGUAUCUCCCAAAGGUAACGCAGUUAUUAUUGAAACAAUUGAUUUAUUAGAAGACACAAGUACACCUCACGAUACCGAGGAAGUUGCUGAUAAUCCAACAGAAUCCUUGCGAAUUGAAUCGAAUGAGAAUAUGAAUAUUUCGGACACAAAUAUGAAAUCAUUUGAUACAAAGGAAGGCGAAGAAGUAAAGUUGGAAUGUUUGAAUUCAUCCUUGACUGAAGAUACGCUAGUAAAAGAAACUGACACCAAAGAGGUGUCCAAUAAAGCCGAUAGCUUUGAUUGUAAUGAUGUAAGCGCUGAUGCCACUGCCAAAAGUCCUAACCAAUCACCGCUUAAUUCAUCAAAAGCUCGUGUCAAAAGCGUUGUAAUGCUGGAAAGGCUUUCGCCAAAAGUAAUUGACAAAAUGUGUGGUAAAAGGGCUAGUAUUAGCUCACCACCUAACUCAAAAUCUGUAACAUUCAACGAUAUUGAUGUUGACGAUGAAGUGAAGAAUACUUACCCAAAAACUCCAGCUUCAAUUAAAAGUAAAAGCUAUUUAGCAAUGGAUUCAACAAACGACUCAAAAGAUCAAUCGUUCCAAAGUGACAAAGAAUCUAACAACAGUUUUAAAGAUGCAAGCGCAAACGUAGAAAUCCCAAAGGAUAAUACAGCAAACGAAUCAAAAGAUUCUAUUGAGUUCCAUGAUGCAACCAAUGACGUUGAAGAAGUAAAUAAUAUUCAGGAAGCGGGCGAAAUAACAAGCGAUUUUACGCCUCAAAAAAAGAAGCUUUCAGCAAAAUUGCAAAGUUCCACGCCAAUGUUGGAUUCCGUAUCAAAUUCAAUAACUGCACCGGCAAAGUUAGUAACCGAUUCACCAGUUAUAACAAAAACAUCAGAAGAAAUAGACAACAAUCCAGAAAUGGUUAUAACUUCACCUGUAACACAAGAUGAAACCACUACCACUACAUUACAACAUGAACAGAAAGACAUUGAAAAAACGAACGACGACGAUAAGCGUUUGUCAUUAACUGUUGCCGCCACAAAUGAAAGCAAUAAUGUUGAAAAAACGGAGGAUUUGUUUUCGAAAUCGUGGACACAUAAUGUAAGUGGUUGCGCAACAUCAGAUGGAAAAAUUGACACUCUCGUUGUAACAACAAAUGAUGAAGAGGUAACGUCUGAACCAUUAAAGGUUGUGGAUGAGCAAAAAACAUCACCAACUGUAAAUAAGGAAACCGUUGAUGAAUAUGUUGAACAGAAGGAUGAGGAGGAGGAGGAAGAAGAUGAAGAAAAUAUAGAAAAAUUGGAAUUUGUCGAUGAUGAGGCAAUGGAGGUUGACAAUUACCAAAGUGGAGAUUCAAUGGAUGCAGAAGAAAGAAAAGAGAUGUUGGAAAACGAGAUAAUUGAUGAGGGUGAGUCGAUUGGUAGUGAAGACACCGAAGAAAGUAACGAAGAAGAUGAUGAAGAAAAUGCUUCAUUUGUAACAUCUGAUUCCGAAGAAUCACUACUUGAAUAUUCUGAUAAUGAAGAGCAUUUAGAAAAUGAUAGUAAGAAACCCAAUAAAAUGAACUCACGUAAUCGUAUUUUGAUAACAAGUGAGAGCGAAGAUAGCAAUGUAAAUAUUUCUAGAACUAAUUCGAACAAGAAGAAGAAAACAAAUAAGUCGAACUCCAGAAAUCGUAUCAUAUCCUCCAGUGAAAGUGAAAUUGAGAAGCAGACGGCAACACAAGCUGAGCCGAUGAAUGUUAGUCACAAAAGUUCAGACGAUUCCGAAAAUCCACUAACUUUGGAAGUUAGCAGAAUGAUUGAUGAUACAACCGAUGAUGAUGAUGAUAAUGCUAAGCAAACUUCCAAAUCGCAACUUGCAGAGACAGCAAACGGUAACACUGAAUCAACAAAUUCUAAUUAUCCAGAAUUGGAUACCAAAAUCAAAGAUGAAAAUAAUAUGGAGAAUAGCGGUCAAGAACAGGAAACUAAAAAUGAAACUAAAUUAAACACCAGCCAAAAAAGAAAUACAGAAAGCGAAACAACAAAAGCUAUUGACAUUUCCGAAACAGUUGAGAGAACCAUCUCAUCAGCAACAGAAGCCCAGUGUAAUCAAGUGGAUACAAAUGAUCGAAAGCGCCGACGUAGUCAAAGCUUGUCUAAAUCCAUUUAUGAAAAUAUUGCAGAUAAUAGCAAUGAUAAUGAAGAAAACUUAAAUGCAUCAAAGACAUGUGAGAAAGAAGAUAAAAAUAAAUCUGUUAAUACAUUAAACCGCAGUAUGGAACGGUCUAUUAGAAAAUCUAUCAGUUCUGUACAUGAAAGUGAUAAAACAAAAGAAACAAUAGGAGAUACUGAUAUAAUUAGUGCCGAUAAUAAAAAUGCUUCCCAAAACGAUUUUGACUCAAGUGGUAACACAAGUGAGCAAAUGAAAGAAGAUGAAGAGCCCAAGUUUAAUGGUUUUGAUGACAUGCAAUCACAAAAUGAAUCAAACGAUGAGGAGAGUGUGGAUGGUGAAGAUAUUGAAAUUCCUGAAACACAAGAGGUUGGUCAGGCUAUUGAAGAGAAUUCUUCAGAAGAAUCGUCCGCUGAAGAAACUUAUGAAAUGCUUAAUGUUGGAAAAUCUGUAUCAAAGUUGAAAAAUGCUGGUCUAAGUUUGUCGUUUUGCCAGGCAAAACAAAAGCGUGUGACAGUCAAAGACCGUAUACGUCACAGGUCCUUCACAAUUGGUGUAAGUGUUACAAAAUCCGAAGAUAUUAAUCAAAUGGAGGAAUCUUCCGGUUCCUCGGACGCAGAUGAAAAAGAAGAAAGUGCCGAUAGUAAUGAUAGUGACCGAAAUCUCAUUGAUAAACAAGAUGAAGAGGAACUCGAAAAGUUGGCACAUUCCAAUGCACAAUUCUCCAACAUGAAUCGAAAACGAAAAUCAAUGUUAUCGACCUUUGCACAGGAUAAUCAAGAGUUCGCAUGUAAAAGGAAGUCGAAACGUAACAGUUUACAAUCUAUAUCUAAAGAAGAUUUUAAUCCCUCUCAAUCGUUGCUUGAAAAUAUCGAAGAUUAUAAGCGUGAGUUGCAGAGUCAAAAGGUCGGCAAGAAAACGCGCUUAUCUAAAUCAUUUUGUGAUCCUGUACAUGAUGACAUGGAGGCACUUGUUGAUAGUGGCGGUUCAGACGUUACAAAUUAUACAAAUAAUGAAAAACCCAGACGUCAUAGUUUAAAAAAUACUGAGUUGGGAAUGCACUCAACUGCCUCAAAAUCGCGUUUAUCCAAAUCUUUCUGUGGACCUAUCGAGGAAGAUCAGGACUCUGUUGAUGAUAGUGGCGAUUCAGACGUUAAGAAUAACACAAUUAGUGAUAAAACCAAACGUAGAAGCUUACAAAAUAAUGAGCGCGGAACACGUUCAACAGCCUCAAAAUCGCGUUUAUCCAAAUCUUUUUGUGGACCUAUCGAGGAAGACCAGGACUCUGUUGAUGAUAGUGGCGAUUCAGACGUUAAGAAUAACACAAUUAGUGAUAAAACCAAACGUAAAAGCUUACAAAAUAAUGAGCUCGGAACACAUUCAACAACAACAAAAUCGCGCCUAUCUAAAUCUUUUUGCGGGGCUAUUCAAGAAGCUCCCAAUACCUCAGGGGAUAGCAGCAGCUCAGAAAAGUCUGCUGAUGAAGUGGUAAAUAAGAAAAAAAUAAAUGGAUCUACAAGACAAGAACUUGCAACAACCAAAAACAAGAAGCGAGAUUUCGGACGUAUUUUGGACCGUUGCGAUGAAAUAUUAGAUGCCGCAAAUCGUGCCAAAUUGGAAAGCAAGCAAAACUAUAAAAAGAGUCGGCUAUUGAUACCAAAAUCUAAAAAACAGUCCAAACCUGAAUUACAGUCCGAUGAAGAAUCAGCAAGCGAUGCGCCUGUGAUUAAAAAGGAUAUGAAGCAGUCAAAAGAAAAAACAACAUUGGCAUUGACACAGGCUUUCAAAGCUUCAGCCAACAUUUUAUUAAAAGAAGCCACUAAAGUUAAAAAGGAAAAACUAUUACAGCAAAAUGAAGAGAAAUAUGCGGAUAAACGUCUACCAAUGCAAUUAUUGGAGUCUAUUUCGCCGUCGCACACCGAAACGAAAAAGAGCAAACGAGAACGUGCACGUGAACCAAAUGUGCAGCGCUUAAAUUGUGCAACAGGUGAAAUUGUGGAGGAAGUGCUUAGUCCGCCGAAGAAGAAGCGAGCCGUAUUGAAGAAAAUUGAACUACCCACUGGUACAGUAUUGGAAGAACCAGUUACACCAAAGAAAAAAAUACGAAAUAGCGGUUUCCGUGAAAGUCCCAUUACGCCGCGCACACUAGGUUUUAAAGUACGUCAUAUACUAACUGCUGGUCAGGACAAAGUGCCACAACUGCCAACAACGCACGGUGUCGAACGGAAACGUAAACAGAAACUGGUUGAUCCCAAAUUGGUGUUGCCUAAACCACAGUGGUCGCAGUCGGGUGUAUUUAUGGAAGAAGUUUUGCCAAGUCGCAAAAUGCAGGGAUUGAAUACGAUGAAAUCGUGUGCACCAGGUGCCAAUGAAGCAACUGUGAAUGCGUUAAAUUUCAAAAGCUCAAGCCUGUUUCGCAAGAAUGUACCAAGAGAAGCGUCGCAUGAGAUACUAAAACGUAAAGAACGCCAGUAUGUUCGUAAUCGUUUUUAAUUUAAAAACGUUAUACAAAAAACUCAUUCUUAAAAAUUAUACCUUGAAACAUGUUCAUUUAUACAUUUAUCAUAAUUAUUAUAAUGGUUAACGCGUACGUUUCUUUUUCAAUAAAUAUUGCUUCAUAUUAUAAAUAUAAAA